UUUUACAUCCAGACUAUAUUUAGUCCUAUCUACAGAACCAGGAACCAUUUUACCUGCCAGGGAGGGACAGAGGUUUAGCCGUUUAGGCCAUCCUCUGGUGUCAUCCAGCCUUCAUUUUCAUUCCAUUGCACACCUGAUUCCAAGAAGCUGGAACACCUUGCUGAUUGUGGCAUUGGAUCAUCACCACCACCACCAUCUUCUUCUCCGUUGGUCACUCGCCGUGGCACCCGGCCUAUUUUUGGUUCUGGAAACCGCCUGCGCAACCACUGGAGCCGCAGAAGAGGCGUUGACAAAAGCCAGGGCGAAGCAUCGCCACGAAAGGCAGGGAUCAUCCAUCCGAGAAGAGAGCUGGAAGAAAGGCGGAGGACGGGCUCUGACCACCACCACACCCGGUCAUGGUCGCCCUCCUCGCCUUCCGGCUCCUCCCUCUCCUCGCCCUCCUCCCCCUCCUCCGACCCAGCGCCCUCGCCGCCGAGGAUGGCGCCGACGCGGCGGCGCUCCUCCGGCUCAAGCAGUCGUUCUCGGACCCGACCGGCAGGCUGGAGGCGUGGUCGGCGUCCUCGCCGUCGACGCCGUGCGACGCCAAGAGCCCCUGGCCCGGGGUCCAGUGCUACAAGGGCAACCUCGCCGGCCUCCGGCUGACGCACAUGAACCUGUCCGGCUCGUUCGACUUCGGCGCGGUGGCGAAGCUCCCGGGGCUCCACUCCAUCAACCUCAAGCACAACAACUUCUCCGGCCCGCUGCCGGCGAGCCUCGGCACCGUGCGCAGCCUCCGUGCGCUGUACCUGUCCUUCAACGCCUUCUCCGGGCCGCUCCCCGCCGACGUGUUCGUCAACAUGCGGUGGCUCAAGAAGCUCUACCUCGACGGCAACAACAUCACGGGCCCCCUGCCGGCCGACGCGAUCGCCGCCGCGCCGCGCCUCAUCGAGCUCCACCUCGAUCGCAACGAGAUCGACGGGCCCGUCCCGUUCAAGCUGCCCGCGUCGCUGAAGCUCUUCAACGUCUCCCACAACCGCCUUACCGGCUCGAUCCCGCCGGACAUCGCCAAGCGCUACGACAAGUCCGCCUUCGCCGGGAACGCCGGCCUGUGCGGCUCGCCCGGGAGCGACAGCGCGGUGUGCGUGGCGGCCGGGCCCGCGCCCCCGCCGAAGAUGCCGCCGCCCACGGCGGCGGAUUUCAUGGCCGUCCAGGAGGAGACCAGCGUGUUCGUGGUCAUCGGCAUCAUCCUGCUCGUCAUCCUGCUGGUCAGCGGCGCCAUGGUGCUGAUGCUGCGGCAGGACGAGCGGAACAGCGCCGCGCCCGCGUACGACUACUACGCCGCCGGCGCCACGGGCGCCAGCGCAGCAGGCGCCGCCGCCGGCUCGAGCAAGCCCGCGGCGGGGUCGCGGUCCGGGGAGAUGGUGUCCGUGGACGUGGCCGGCGGCGGGUCGUCCAGCCACGGCGGCAGCGGCGCCGGCAGCCGGCGGAUGGGCGAGUUCGUCCUCCUGACCGAGGACAUCCCCGCCUUCGGCCUGCCGGACCUGAUGAAGGCGUCCGCCGAGGUGCUCGGCAACGGCACCCUCGGGUCGGCGUACAAGGCCGCCAUGCGCAACGGCGUCACCGUCGCCGUGAAGCGCAUGCGCGACAUGAACCGCGUCGGCCGCGACGAGUUCGAGCAGCACGUGCACAUGCUCGGCGAGCUCCGCCACCCCAACGUCCUCCCUCCCGUCGGCUACCAUUACCGCAAGGAGGAGAAGCUCAUCGUCUCCGAGUACAUGGCCCGCGGCAGCCUCCUCUACAUGCUGCACGGCGACCAGAGCCCGAACCGAGUGGUCCUGGACUGGCCGGCGCGGGUGAGGAUCGCCGUCGGGGUGGCGCGCGGCCUGGCGUUCCUCCACGAGAAGCUGGGGAUCCCGACGGGGCGGCUGGUGAGCAUGGACGGCGCGGACUUCGACGCGCCGCCGCCGCCGCCGCCGCACGGGAACCUCAAGUCCGGCAACAUCCUCCUGGACGCGGACCUGGAGCCCCGGCUGGUGGACUACGGCUUCUUCCCUCUGGUGAACUCGGCGCAGGCGCCGCAGGCCAUGUUCGCGUUCCGGUCGCCGGAGGGCACCACGCGGGCGGUCGUGUCGGCGCGCUCCGACGUGUACUGCCUCGGCGUCGUGCUCCUCGAGCUCGUCACGGGGCGGUUCCCGUCGCAGUACCUCCUCACCGCGCGCGGCGGCACCGACGUCGUGCACUGGGCGGCGGGCGCCGUGGCGGAGGGCGGCGAGCGGGACCUCGUCGACCCCGCCAUCGCCGCGGGCGGCGGGGACGCCGCCGUCAGGCUGCUCCGGGUCGGCGUCCACUGCGCCAAGCCCGAGCCGGAGUGCCGGCCGAGCGUGGCGGAGGCCGCCCGGAUGAUGGAGGACAUCGCCGCCGCCGGCGCGUCGUGAUCGCGGCACCGGGAGCGGGAGGAGUGGCACGUCAUGCACGGUUGAUUGCGCGUGGAUGCUUUCAUGGGGAGCUCGAUCGUCAAAUCCUGGCCGUUGACCACAGAGGAUGGCAAGAAUGGGAGUGGGAGGAGGGUAUGGUUGCGCUGGGUGUACAUUGGAGGUCUGAAUUUGUAAAAAGGGGAGCAGAGAGAAAGGAAGAAGAGUCUAGGGGCCUUUUGAGCAAAUAUUCCUUCUAACGGAGGGGGAUGAAUUUAUGAUGAGGAACAAAGAUCAUCUGUCCCUAUUUGUGUGCAUGUAAAAAGCAAUUCUUCGUCUUAGGAUCCUAUGUAUGUAAAUUUUUUUGUAAUUAAGGAUGUAUUGUAGCUUUGAAUCUAUGUCUUAUUUUAGUAAAUUUCAUGAGGGGAUGCUA